AUGGAGGGACGAAUUUUAAAGCAAAUGCCAGCUGAAUUAAGGGUUAAAAUGGAUGCAUUAGUUCAUGACCUGACACAAGCAUUAGAAGAAACCUCUUGCCCUAAUUCUGUUAGAAUUAAGGUUGGAGUUCGCAGAAGAACUAGAUCAACAGGGAACAUAGCACUUACAAAUCAAAGGACAACUCAUAGUGAUGAUUCCAUUAGUGAAAGAAUUUAUGCAAAAGGCAAAGAAUUUUCUAGUUUUUUACAAAGUGAUUCAGAUGAGGUUUCAACAAAUUCUCAAAGACGAUUGCUUCCAUAUCCAUUACAGAAAAAAGCAUCUCAUUUUCAUCAGAAUCAAAAUUUUGAAUCAGACUCUGUUAAUGAAAAUUUUUCUCCAUUCCGAACUGGCACAAGACGCAAAAGAAAAAUGAAAAGAAUGGAUACUGACAAUGUUGACAAUCAAAUGAUUCUUUCCAGCUCACCGAAAGCAAUAGGUAGAAUUCAAAGGCCAAGCUUUAUGUUCCAAUUAGUUAGUAGAAAUGUCUUGCCAGCAGCCGGUCCAAGCGGAAAAAGAAAAAGAUCAUCACGAGACAAAUGUCUCGAUUUUGAAAUGGGAAAUAGUUUGCCUAUGUCUUCUAGAUUGCAUAAAGAAGCUAUGGAAUUGGACAAGGAUUUAAUGAGUAGCUCAAGUUUAUCAAGUUCUGAAAGUGAUGCAGGAGUUUUUACAAAUGAUGAAGGGAGAGAAGGAGAUGACGAACAAUCUGAUUGUUUUGGAGAUCCAAGAAGAGAUGAAGAUACAGAUUUAGAACCGGAAGAUUCAGCUCUUCAAACAAUAUUAAACAGAUCUUUAGAACAUAUGUCAACAGAUACAACUCAGGCUUAUAAAGAAAGAGUUGAAUGGCUUAAAGGAAAUUUUGGAGCGAGAGAAAUUCGUGGUGGAAGGAGAAGGGUUCGUACAGAAAGGCCAGGGUUUUCAGUGUUAACAUCUGCCAAUGAAAAGUUAUCGAAAUUCCUUCAAGAUUGCGAACAAUUGACUCUCAAACUUCAUCCGAUGAGCCAAGAAGAGAGAGAGCAAUUAACAUAUCUUGUCAAUUUGUAUUCUUUAAACAUGAGGUUGGAAUUGACGGAAAAUGGUGAAAGUUGUCCAAUUAUAUCAAAAACAAGUAAAACUCCUCAAACUGUCCGAAUCGAACAGGUGACGAUGAACAUAAACGAUUUUAAAAAAAGAAGAAAAAGUCCACAGUGCAUCAAUUUAAGUGUAUAG